AUGGGCAAGCAUGAACUCGACGAGGCAGCCCAGUUAACUAAACAAGACAAGAAGCGGAGGAGAAAAGAUCGCAAAAAAGGGCCGCGGCUUCAGGAUAUCACUCCGAGUUCGACUGACGCAACAGCCAAUUCGACACCGGCUCCGGAAGACGACAGUGAAAGCACAAAGUAUACACCUCAUCCAUCUCUCAAUGCCCAGCCGCAAGCCGAUUUAGACGAGUUCUUCAAGUCACAGUCGGUCCAGGUUGCUGAUUCACGGAGAACCAACUUAAGACCCAUUCUAGCCUUCUCACAUCUUCCCGUCGAACUAGGUUCCCAAUUUUCGACAAUUUUCUCCUCCUUUCAGAAUCCCUCGUCGAUCCAAUCUGCGGCUUGGCCGUUCCUUCUAUCCGGACGAGAUGUCGUCGGAGUGGCAGAGACUGGUAGCGGGAAGACCAUCGCCUUCGGGAUGCCUCUGGUAGUCCGGUUGACGGCGAUGAAGAAGAACAAGGGAAUAAGAGCCGUUGUCAUCGCCCCGACUCGAGAACUCGCUAUCCAAGUGUAUGAGCAGGUUGAUAAAUUAUGCAGCACCGCUCAUAAAUUGAAGGCUGUGUGCAUAUAUGGUGGAACCAACAAGGACGAACAGCGUCGAAGUCUCCAAGGAGCAAAUGUGAUUGUCGCCACUCCAGGGAGAAUGAAGGACUUCAUGUCUGAUGGCACCGUCGACCUGUCCAAGACGCGGUAUCUGGUCCUCGAUGAAGCCGAUCGCAUGCUCGACAAGGGAUUCGAGGACGAUAUCAAGCACAUCAUCUCCGCAAUGCCCUCGUCAAGCAAGCGUCAAACCGCCAUGUUCACAGCCACAUGGCCCAAAUCGAUCCGCGAUCUCGCCGCAACAUUCAUGAAGGACCCAGUGAAGAUCACGAUCGGUCGCAAUGAUGCCGACGAUUCAGGCGAGCUGCGAGCCAACACCCGUAUCGUCCAGAAGGUCGAAGUCAUUGACGGCGCUAUGAAGCAGCAGCGACUUCUUCAGCUGUUAAAAGAGCAUACUGCCGGCGAGAGGCGCGAUGACCGGAUUCUUGUCUUUUGCUUGUACAAGAAAGAAGCCCUGCGGAUCGAAAACUUUAUUCGAGGCCGAGGCUUCAACGUCGCCGGUAUCCACGGUGACAUGUCUCAGUCUGCUCGAAUUGCCAAUCUGGAAUCCUUCAAGUCUGGCUCAGUCAAUCUCCUCGUGGCCACAGACGUUGCGGCGCGCGGUCUUGAUAUUCCCGAAGUUAAACUCGUCAUCAACGUAACUUUCCCUCUCACAGCCGAAGAUUACGUGCAUCGAAUUGGUCGGACUGGUCGUGCUGGUAACGAUGGUCUGGCCAUCACCUUGUUUACCGAACAAGACAAAGGUCUCGCUGGGGCGUUGAUCAAUGUGCUGAAAGCGGCGAAACAAGAUGUUCCGGAAUCGUUAUUCAAGUUUGGCACGACUGUGAAGAAGAAGCAACAUGACUUGUAUGGCGCCUUUUUCCGGGAAGCCGAAGAUGGAAAGACGGCGACGAAAAUCACAUUCGAUGAUUGA